UUUUUUAUUUAUUAUUGUCAAUUUACUGGUCUUUUGUCCAUUUUUACUGUUGUUUUUAGUUUUGUUAUAUUUAAUUUUUACAAUGUGCCGAGGGCCAAUAAAUACCAAUGGGUCAAUGGCCGCACUUUGAACAACUCCUAUUGGCACUGUUGUCGGCCAAUAGCAGUAAGGAGCAAAUGGAUCAGCCAGCAUUGAAAGCACUGGUGAUUUGAGAUGGUCAAUGUUUCAAGAAAUCCCGCUCAUUCUGUUAAGUAUUUGACAAAGUCUUAGAGCCGGCUCUUUGAAGUAAAGACUGAAGGUGGCUCUUUGAAGUGAGCUGUCAUUUUUUUCUGGCUUUCUGUUAAAGACGCACGUGAUUGGGCGAAAUGUAUGGUGCCGUAUGUGUCGACACUCAGCAGAAGCAGGGGAAAGGGGUUACGCACACAUCACAGUCGUGAGCACACAGAGAAGAUGGAGGGAGAUGACAGCGAGUGAAAGAAAGCUGCUACAGAAUUAAGUGGAGUUAACUGAAAAGCAACCAGUGUGCAUGCAGGGGAGGAGGAAAGAGGAUAUUCUGGCCCCGCCCCUCUGCAGAUUUGACCAUUGACUGCAUGCGCAGACCCACACAAGCCGCUUCAUCAUACAGUUUGACGCUCCGUGGACGAUUACUGGGCCGCGCACAGUGCUCCACGCAUGCUGUGGUGAGUACCGCAAACACUAUUUUAACGAGUGUCGUUGCUCUGUCGGCGCCACCGAGGACUGAGGGAAGGAAGUUGUCGCUCUAGAUGAAGAGCUGUCAUCUUCCUCCUCCUGGCAAUCGUUGCAGCAGGGAUUGUUUACUCCGCACUCCAAAGAAGUUCUGCUGCUGGACGCUCAGCGAGGCGUUGUUGUUGGCUGCAGGCCCAGCUGCGUGUUUGCUGCUGCUCACAUUUUAUGAGGACGGAACUGAGGUGGUGCUUCUACAUUCUUCUAUGGACGCAGAGUGAGGUGCGGCAUCCAGUGCAGACAGUGUAAAGUGGAGCAAGGAAGAUGCCAGUUCCGCCUCCACCUCCUCCCCCUGGGGCACCCCCGCCUCCCACCUUUGCCAUUGCUAACACAGAGAAGCCGAGCCGUGGAGAACAGAAAGGAAGGAAUGCUCUGUUGUCAGACAUUUGUAAAGGCACCAAACUUAAGAAGGCUGUCACCAAUGACCGCAGUGGACCAAUACUGGACAAGCCCAAAGGAGGAGGAGGAGGAGGUGGAGGAGGAGGUGGAGGAGGAGGAGGGGGUGGAGGCUUUGGUGGUGGAGCUCCUGGUGGUUUAGGAGGCCUCUUUGUAGGAGGGAUGCCAAAACUGCGCUCUGCAGCCAACAGAGACUCCAGUGACUCGGGACCCCCCAGAGGACCGGCUCUCACCCCAAGUCGCUACAGCGGCCCCACCCCCUUCAGCAGCGGUGGGAUCUCCAGUGGUCCUCCGAAAUUCCCAGGAGCGUCUUCAGUGAUCCGCGGCGGUGUUCCUGACCUUCCCAAGAACCGUGCAAAUCUCUCAUCAAGGCAAGACACUCAAGGAGGUCCCCCACCCAUACCCAACACGCCUCGACCCAACCAGAACUUCAGCCCCCGUGGGGGCCCAUCACCACCUUCCCUCCCUGCGGGACCCAGAUCCAGCCCUGCAUCUGGGCCAACACCUCCCAGUCUUCCCCCAGGGCGGCACGGUCCUCUCCCUCAGCCGCCAGGGGUGCCGAGGCCCGGCUUCUCCACGCCACCUGGCCCGCCAUCCUCAAACAGCAGCAGACCACCUUUACCACCAGCUCCAGGGAGCCGGCCCCCGCUUCCUGAUGACCGACCUCCUCCGCCGCCGGCUCCAGUUGGGGCUCACCGGCCGUCCAUGCCUCGUGACCUGCCCCCUCCGCCUCCUCCCGCCAUCAACUGCAAACCUCCCUCGUCUGUUUCCUCUCGCUCUUUUGGGGGAGCACCGCCUCUUCCGCCCGGGCGACCCGGACCUCCUCCUUUGCCACCCACACCAGCCGUGGGGGACGACCACAGCACGCCUCGACUACCCCAAAGAAACACCUCACUCAACAGCAGUUUCGGCUCUUCACCACAUGUUCGCACAGGACCCCUCCCUCCCCCGCCCAACGAGAGGCCGCCAGCCUUUGGAAGAAACCAAAGUUCAACACGAACAGGGCCUCUUCCUCCACCACCCCCUACAGGCCGUAAUGUGGGCGGUGGCAGCGUGAGGUCAUCGCCGGGGCAUUCUCCUAUUGGACGGCCGGGGUCGGAUUCUCCUCGUGGCGGCCCCGGUAGUAGACCCCCUCUGCCUCCGGAUAGACCUGGGGCCGGAGGGGCACCUCCUCCGCCACCGCCGCUCAUGGGCAACGGCUUCCAAAACUCCCACCACAACCAGAUGCAUGAUGAUUGGGAGGUUCGCUUCACUUUCCACCCGGUGUCAGACCUGCCGCCCCCUGAGCCCUACCAGCCCUUCCACAAGACCUACCCCAGCAAGAUCAGCAAGAUGGAUGGCAGAGGUUCGGGUAGAAAGG